UGUGUCCAAGUGUUGACUUUGAAGGUAAUUCACAGCUUGUGCAUGUUUUUCUGUUGUGUGUGUGUGUGUGCAAUUGUUGUGGGUUGCCUAUCUUUUCACAGGGAUCCUGUCCUGCCUGCAGUCAAAAUGUCCAAGGCUCUCAAUGUGAUGAUCAAGGGAAUAUCCUAUUGAGCGGACAUGACGACCUAUGCCAAUGACGAGGAAACUGCCGGGACGAUCAGAAAGGAAGACAUCUGGGCCUAGGUCCUGUAUGAGCACUCCGACGACCUCCCAGCCUCAGUUUAGGAUUGCAGUGCGGGAGACUUCAGGUUCACUUAUGACAAGACACUCAACACUGGCGCCAGGAUGCGCUGCGUCCUGACGUCCAGGGAAGUUGAUGGGCUACCAGACGAGAGUGUGGUUUACCUAGAGCGUAAGAGUGCCGCCGCAGCGCAGGCGCAGCCGGCGCAGCCAGUAGGUGAAGGGGCGGCUGAAGGGGUGGGUGAAGGCGUCGUGAACCCUGCCCAGCAUGAUGGGCGCCGUCCUUUGGUGCCAGGAAUCUGGCUCCAGCCGCGCGACUAUUCCCUCGGCAAGAUCGGCGCGACCUUCAAGCUGCCCCCAUUCCCGGUUGAUGUGCAGUACAUGCUGGACAUGGGGAUGCCGCUUCUGCCGAAGCAUGAGCUCGAUGUAGCUCAUGCAAUCAGGAUGAAGAUGGAAAAGUUGGCCACCGACUUGUACCCCCAGAACACUGGUAAAACAAGUGUUUAAUGUUGCACGUCAAUUGGUGUUGAAGUUCAAGUGUGCAUUUUCUCGACACGUCGUGGUGUCUAUCUAGGUUAAACGUCAAUUGGUGUUUAAACUUUCGACACUUCCGAAGAGUUCCCAUAUGGUUCCUAUUGAUAGCAUAGAACUGUGUGUGUCCAAGUGUGCAGAAUUUAAACGUUUAGCAAACGUUUAAAAUUGCACACCAUGUAAUGUGCAACAUCAUAACUUGCACACUUUGGUGUUUAAAUUAUGCACACUUGUUUUACCAGUGAAGGGAGAG